AUGGCUCUGCAUUAUUAUGCAUGUGGUUCCUUCUUUGAGGUGAUUGGGGAUGGACUGGGGGUGACAAAAGCAACAGUGGGCCAUGUGGUUCAUUCGGUGUCAUCUGCCCUUACCGGUCUUCUGGGUCAAUAUGUGAAAUGGCCUGAAAAUGAAGAGGAGAUAGCAAGAACCAAGAGGAAGUUUCUCUCAUUGGGGGGGAUGCCAAACACUAUUGGUGUGAUUGACUGCACCCAUGUGCAUAUUCAGGCACCACAUACCAGGGAAUGGGAGUAUGUGAACAGGAAGGGCCGGCACAGCAUUAACGUCCAGCUUGUGGGGAAUGCUGACCUCGUUAUCACAAACUGUGUUGUGAGAUGGCCUGGGUCUGUACAUGAUGCCCGUAUUUUGAGGGAGAGCCACCUCUACCAGAAGCUCCAACAGACUGCCCCAGAUGGCAUCCUCUUGGGUGACAGCGGUUACCCCCUUCUACCCUGGCUGUUGACCCCUUUUGCUACCGUCACCAAUGACUCCCAGCAGAGGUACAACAACAUCCAUGCCACAACAAGAGGGACAAUUGAGCGCCUGGAUGGCGUGAUAAAACGCAGAUUUGCCUGCCUGAACUAUCUCCAUGUGGAGCCACAGAAAGCCUGUCACAUCAUAUGUGCCUGCAUUGUCCUACAUAACCUAGUACAAACAAGGAGAGUGCCACUACAGGAACCUCUCAUCGAUGGACCUCCUCCCUGCGCAGAAGGCCUUGACCUGCCACCACCACCACUGCAGCCUGAUGGUCCUGCUGGAAGANCUACAGGAACCUCUCAUCGAUGGACCUCCUCCCUGCGCAGAAGGCCUUGA